CAGUCGAGUAGAGUGAAGCGGCCUCUCUUUCUCCAAGCCCCGUUGCUUUGUGGGAUCGCAGUGGAUUCCUCCAGCUCAGACAAGUGUUUCGCUUCUACCAGGGCUCCCUCGUGGAGUACGGAAGCCGAGAGGACUGGCAGCCAUGGCGGCCCACCUUAAGAAGCGGGUGUACGAGGAAUUCAGUAAAGUGGUUCAGCAACAACAGGAGGAAAUUGCCACUAAGAAGCUCCGGCUGACCAAACCAAGUAAAUCUGCAGCACUCCACAUCGAUCUGUGCAAAGCGACCUCUCCAGCAGAUGCUUUGCAGUACCUACUCCAGUUUGCCAGGAAGCCUGUUGAGGCUGAAAGUGUGGAGGGAGUGGUCAGGAUUCUCUUGGAGCAUUAUUACAAGGAGAAUGACCCAUCUGUGAGACUGAAGAUUGCCUCAUUGUUGGGUUUAUUAUCAAAGACAGCAGGAUUUUCCCCAGACUGCAUUAUGGAUGAUGCCAUUAACAUCCUGCAGAAUGAAAAGUCUCAUCAAGUCUUAGCCCAGCUGCUGGACACUUUGCUUGCAAUCGGCACUAAGCUACCAGAGAGUCCGGCUGUCCAGAUGCGAUUGGUCGACGUAGCCUGCAAGCACCUAACAGAUACCUCCCAUGGCGUAAGAAAUAAGUGCCUACAGUUACUUGGCAACCUUGGCUCUUUGGAGAAAAGUGUUACCAAAGAUGCAGAAGGCCUAGCUGCCAGAGAUGUCCAGAAGAUUAUAGGGGAUUAUUUCAGUGACCAAGAUCCGCGUGUCAGGACAGCAGCUAUAAAAGCCAUGUUGCAGCUCCAUGAAAGAGGACUGAAAUUGCACCAAACAAUUUAUAAUCAGGCCUGUAAGUUGCUCUCCGAUGACUACGAGCAAGUGCGCAGUGCCGCAGUCCAGCUCAUCUGGGUUGUCAGUCAGCUCUAUCCCGAAAGCAUUGUCCCAAUUCCUUCCUCUAAUGAAGAAAUUCGCUUAGUUGAUGAUGCUUUUGGAAAGAUCUGUCACAUGGUCAGUGAUGGCUCCUGGGUGGUUCGAGUUCAAGCUGCAAAGCUGUUGGGCUCUAUGGAGCAAGUCAGUUCUCAUUUCUUGGAGCAGACUCUUGACAAGAAGCUGAUGUCAGAUCUGAGGAGAAAACGUACCGCACACGAGCGUGCCAAGGAACUCUACAGUUCAGGGGAGUUUUCCAGCGGCAGGAAGUGGGGAGACGAUGCUCCUAAGGAAGAAGUCGAUACGGGGGCAGUAAACUUGAUCGAGUCCGGAGCUUGUGGAGCUUUCGUUCAUGGGUUGGAAGAUGAGAUGUAUGAGGUCCGGAUUGCGGCUGUGGAAGCUCUCUGCAUGUUGGCCCAGUCUUCACCCUCUUUUGCCGAGAAGUGCCUUGACUUCCUGGUUGACAUGUUUAAUGAUGAAAUUGAGGAGGUACGUCUGCAGUCCAUCCACACCAUGAGAAAAAUCUCUAACAACAUCACCCUCCGAGAAGAUCAGCUGGACACUGUCCUGGCCGUGUUAGAGGAUUCAUCCAGAGACAUUAGAGAGGCUCUUCAUGAACUCUUAUGCUGUACUAAUGUUUCUACCAAAGAAGGGAUUCACCUUGCGCUGGUUGAGCUGCUGAAAAACUUAACCAAGUACCCUACCGAUAGGGACUCCAUAUGGAAAUGCUUGAAAUUUCUGGGAAGUCGACACCCCACCCUAGUGCUCCCCUUGGUGCCGGAGCUGCUGAGCACCCACCCGUUUUUCGACACAGCUGAACCAGACAUGGACGACCCAGCUUACAUUGCAGUUUUGGUCCUCAUUUUCAAUGCUGCUAAAACCUGCCCAACGAUGCCAGCGUUAUUCUCAGAUCACACCUUCAGACACUACGCCUACCUCAGAGACAGUCUUUCUCAUCUUGUUCCUGCCUUGAGGUUACCAGGUAGAAAGCUCGUGUCCUCAGCCGUUUCCCCGAACAUAAUGCCUCAAGAGGACCCUUCCCAGCAGUUCUUGCAGCAGAGCCUUGAGAGGGUGUAUGGCCUUCAGCACCUGGACCCUCAGGGAGCUCAGGAGCUGCUGGAGCUCACCAUCAGAGAUCUGCAAAGACUUGGAGAACUUCAAUCUGAACUGGCAGGAGUGGCUGACUUUUCUGCUACGUAUCUUCGCUGUCAGCUACUACUCAUCAAGGCCUUGCAGGAAAAACUGUGGAAUGUGGCUGCCCCUUUGUAUCUGAAGCAGAGUGAUUUGGCCUCAGCUGCGGCAAAACAGAUCAUGGAAGAGACCUACAAAAUGGAGUUCAUGUACAGUGGCGUGGAGAAUAAGCAGGUGGUGAUCAUACAUCACAUGAGGCUGCAGGCCAAAGCUCUGCAGCUAAUAGUUACGGCACGGACCGCGCGAGGAGUUGACCCCUUAUUUGGGAUGUGUGAAAAAUUUUUACAGGAAGUGGACUUUUUUCAGAGGUGUUUCAUCGCUGAUUUGCCCCACUUGCAGGACAGCUUCGUGGACAAACUUCUUGACCUUAUGCCCCGACUCAUGACAUCCAAGCCUAUGGAAGUGGUCAAAAUCCUACAGACCAUGCUGCGGCAGAGUACCUUCCUGCACCUCCCCCUCCCAGAGCAGAUCCAUAAAGCCUCGGCGACCAUCAUUGAGCCCGCGGGCGAGUCCGACAACCCCCUGCGGUUCACGUCCGGGUUGGUGGUGGCCUUGGAUGUGGAUGCAACCCUGGAGCACGUGCAGGAUCCUCAGAGCACUGUGAAGGUCCAGGUCUUAUAUCCUGAUGGCCAGGCUCAGAUGAUCCACCCCAAGCCGGGAGACUUCCGGAACCCUGGCCCUGGGCGGCACCGGCUCAUCACUCAGGUGUACCUGUCCCACACUGCCUGGACUGAACCAUGUCAGGUGGAAGUGCGGCUGCUGCUGGCCUACAGUUCCAGCGCUCGCAUUCCGAAAGCCCCCUGGAUCGAGAGCGGUGACGUGUCAGCCCAGGUGGAGACCAGCAUCGAGGGCACCAUCCCCUUCAGCAAGCCCGUCAAGGUCUACAUAAUGCCCAAGCCUGCGCGGCGCUGAGUCUUGCAGUCUUCACAGCCACGGCCCAGAAGACCUUCCUAGGUUCAGAGUCCUCAAAGUCUGGAGCGCUUCCCUUGGAAAUGGUGUGCAGGGAGAAGGAUCAGGAGAACAUUUUUUUUUUUUAAAUGUUUUUGCCAUAGGGUGCUCACCAGAGAGAGCCAGAGUGAGGGAAAGU